AAAGAAAAUAAUUAAAAUUCGUCUUCCUUCCUUGCUCUCGGCGAUAACUUGGUUUCUCUCCUCUCUCUCAUCUCUCUUUGUUUCGACCCUUUUUUAGUAUAUUUCCAGGAAAUAUCUUCUUCCUCCUUUCGUUUUCUCUAUCUCAGUUUUCUCUCUUCUCAGCAUUAAGUAGUCAACGGUCAGCGAUCUCGGCGUUCCUUCUAAUCGGAAAAGUCUAGCUUCAGUUUCUUUUUUUUUUGCUUUUUUGGUUUCCGCGAUUAAUCGAUUUGGGUAUUUUGAUUUUCUCUUCAAAUUAAGUCAACGGGUGGAUACGCGUUGAGAGGGCUUUUCUCGUAUUCUGCUUCUAAUUUCAUCAUCUUGGUAUUACCUUGUGUGGGUGGUAGCUUAAUCGAAGGAUUCGAGAUCCCUUUUAUCAGGGGUUUUAACAAUGAUGGAUUUUCUCUGAUGAGGGAUAGUUCUAGGGUUUGUUUUUAAUCUCUUGAGGAUAAAAUGGAACGAAGAUUAAUGAUCCCUUGCUUCUUUUGGUUGAUUCUCGUUUUGGAUUUGGUUCUCAGAGUCUCGGGCAACGCCGAAGGUGAUGCUCUAAGUGCACUGAAAAACAGUUUAGCCGACCCUAAUAAGGUGCUUCAAAGUUGGGAUGCUACUCUUGUUACUCCAUGUACAUGGUUUCAUGUUACUUGCAAUAGCGACAAUAGUGUUACACGUGUUGACCUUGGGAAUGCAAAUCUAUCUGGACAGCUCGUAAUGCAACUUGGUCAGCUUCCAAACUUGCAGUACUUGGAGCUUUAUAGCAAUAACAUUACUGGGACAAUCCCAGAACAGCUUGGAAAUCUGACGGAAUUGGUGAGCUUGGAUCUUUACUUGAACAAUUUAAGCGGGCCUAUUCCAUCAACUCUCGGCCGACUUAAGAAACUCCGUUUCUUGAGUCAGAAAGUAGUGUCGCCAAAUAGAUGCUACGUUAUUUUACUAGAUGAAAAGGUGUUCUCUUGGAGACUAGGAUGUUGUAUAAUAUGGUCUAUUUUAAUUAUGAGCUUUCGUAAAAGGAAUCAGAACUCUAUCCUUGUGCGUCUUAAUAACAAUAGCUUAUCUGGAGAAAUUCCAAGGUCUUUGACUGCUGUCCUGACGCUACAAGUUCUGGAUCUCUCAAACAAUCCUCUCACCGGAGAUAUUCCUGUUAAUGGUUCCUUUUCACUUUUCACUCCAAUCAGUUUUGCCAACACCAAGUUGACUCCCCUUCCUGCAUCUCCACCGCCUCCUAUCUCUCCUACACCGCCAUCACCUGCAGGGAGUAAUAGAAUUACUGGAGCGAUUGCGGGAGGAGUUGCUGCAGGUGCUGCACUUCUAUUUGCUGUUCCGGCCAUUGCACUAGCUUGGUGGCGAAGGAAAAAGCCGCAGGACCACUUCUUUGAUGUACCAGCUGAAGAGGACCCAGAAGUUCAUUUAGGACAACUGAAGAGGUUUUCAUUGCGUGAACUACAAGUUGCUUCGGAUAAUUUUAGCAACAAGAACAUAUUGGGUAGAGGUGGUUUUGGUAAAGUUUAUAAAGGACGGUUAGCUGAUGGUACUUUAGUGGCCGUUAAAAGGCUAAAAGAGGAGCGCACCCAAGGUGGCGAACUGCAGUUCCAGACAGAGGUUGAGAUGAUUAGUAUGGCGGUUCACAGAAACUUGCUUCGGCUUCGUGGAUUUUGCAUGACUCCAACCGAAAGAUUGCUUGUUUAUCCCUACAUGGCUAAUGGAAGUGUUGCCUCCUGUUUAAGAGAACGUCCCGAGUCCCAGCCACCACUUGAUUGGCCAAAGAGACAGCGUAUUGCGUUGGGAUCUGCAAGAGGGCUUGCGUAUUUACAUGAUCAUUGCGACCCAAAGAUUAUUCAUCGAGAUGUGAAAGCUGCAAAUAUUUUGUUGGAUGAAGAGUUUGAAGCCGUGGUUGGGGAUUUUGGACUUGCAAAACUCAUGGACUACAAAGACACACAUGUGACAACCGCAGUGCGUGGGACAAUUGGUCAUAUAGCCCCUGAGUACCUUUCCACUGGAAAAUCAUCAGAGAAAACCGAUGUCUUUGGGUAUGGAGUCAUGCUUCUUGAGCUUAUCACUGGACAAAGGGCUUUUGAUCUUGCUCGCCUCGCGAAUGAUGAUGAUGUCAUGUUACUAGACUGGGUGAAAGGGUUGUUAAAAGAGAAGAAAUUGGAAGCACUAGUAGAUGUUGAUCUUCAGGGUAAUUACAAAGACGAAGAAGUGGAGCAGCUAAUCCAAGUGGCUUUACUCUGCACUCAGAGUUCACCAAUGGAAAGACCCAAAAUGUCUGAAGUUGUAAGAAUGCUUGAAGGAGAUGGUUUAGCUGAGAGAUGGGAAGAGUGGCAAAAGGAGGAAAUGUUCAGACAAGAUUUCAACUACCCAACCCACCAUCCAGCCGUGUCUGGCUGGAUCAUUGGCGAUUCCACUUCCCAGAUCGAAAACGAAUACCCCUCGGGUCCAAGAUAAGAUUCGAAACACGAAUGUUUUUUCUGUAUUUUGUUUUUCUCUGUAUUUAUUGAGGGUUUUAGCUUCUGCUGCUCCAUAUUAUUGGUUCUUAAGUGAAUACAUGAGGAUCAGAUUGGGUUUGUAAGUGUUAUAUGAUGAAAAAGGAUUUGAAUGUUGUUGAAAGCUAAAACCCAAACAUGUCUUAAGCUCACCACUUGAGGAUUGUUGCGCACUUGAUUCACAAAUAUGUAUCCCAUCAAUUAUUCUUUUUCACCGUGCGUCAGGUUUCUUUUCUUACCGGUUUCUGUGUUAUCAUGUGAUUUCUAGAUCCGGAGAUUGUUCAGAAGAAAAGGAGACUUUUGCC